GACCUGCGACACAGAACUCGCCACGUCGACUUACCUCACCCCACAACUCUGGGGUCUAGACGCACCAAUAGUAAGAGUCCUGGGAGUCACGUGAUAAGUGUGUAACGGACACCCUGUACACGGACGGUGAGAGUCUCAGAGAGAGAGGAGACGGACAAUCGGUUGGACCAAACAAGUGACUGGCUGACCAGUGUCCUAGUCGCUUUCACAAGAUACAGUUGUCGUUAACCAUGACGUCAGUCAUCAGGCCUCUCUUCUGCCUACUUGUCAUCUCGACCCUGUUGGUGUCGGGGGAGGCAACGGGAGGCGAUUUACUGGAUGGACUGGAUCACCCCGGUGACGUCAUCGCCAUUUCGGCCGCGCAUGAAGCUAUGAGUCGUGUGGACAAUGGCAAUAACAGGGACAAGGAGAUGCGCAAUGACCCGAAAAGAGAAAAGACCCCAUCUGACUUCCUGGCCCUGUUCCAUAAACUGGGCAGGGGCGCACAGCGGGAGGCACGGAGGACAGAGAUUGUGGAGAAUAUCAUUCGGAUGGUGACCGAUGGGGUCAAGGCUAAGGGGAAGAUCGGCGGCCGCCCUGUCAUCCGAGACAUGAUCUCUCGGGGAGUGCUCGACGAAGUAAUUGAAAUCGCCUCCCUUUCCGACUGUGCGCGCUCUGUGAGCGGGACACGCUGUAGACGUCGCACCAGAAAGUACCGCACCAUCGAUGGAACCUGCAAUAACAUGCAGAAUCAGCUGUGGGGCUCUUCAAUCACGCCCUUUACGCGUUUCCUGACGCCAAUCUACGAGGAUGGGUUCAACGAGCCCGUGGGUUGGGACACGUCUCUGCAGUAUAACGGAUUCACCCUGCCCAGCGUCCGUCAUGUUUCCAACGAGCUGAUCACCACGGAACAGAACGUGUUGGACCCUGACUACACCCACAUGCUGACACAGUGGGGACAGUUCCUGGACCACGAUUUAGAUCUCACCGCAACCGCUGUGGGGCGCACCAUACCCAUGCCCGGGAUGAACUCGACCUCGUGUUCAGAGACCUGUGACAACAUCAUGCCUUGUUUUCCCAUCCGCAUUCCUGAUAACGACGAACGCAUAACCACUAAGGACUGCAUGCCGUUUACCCGCUCCAGCGCCGUGUGCGGGACAGGAGAGACGUCUACCCUCUUCAACAAUAACCCCAUCGCCCGGAAACAGAUCAACCAGAUCACCAGCUUCAUCGACGCCUCCAACGUCUACGGAUCGACACUCGACGUUGCACAGUCACUACGUGACUUGAGUACCGAUGACGGUCUGCUGCGCGUCCAGGAGGGAGCAGACAUCAGCUCAGGACUGGACCUACUUCCUUUCCAGGACGAGGAGGUGUCCUCCUGCAAUCAGGAUCCCAAAGGAGGGGAUACUAUCCCGUGCUUCCUUGCGGGCGACGUUAGGAGCAAUGAGGUCAACACGCUGAUCGCAUCACAUACCAUCUGGCUCCGCGAGCACAACCGCAUCGCCAAGGAGCUGAAGAGUAUCAAUCCGCGCUGGGACGGAGAAACGAUCUACCAGGAGGCCCGUAAGAUCGUCGGUGCGGAGAUGCAGCACAUCACCUACACCGAGUAUCUCCCCAAGAUCCUCGGUCCUGCAGGGAUGGACCAGAUUGGUGAAUACUCCAAAUACAACGCAAGCGUGAACCCUUCGACCCGGAACGAGUUCGCGACCGCCGCCUUCAGGUUCGGCCACGCAGCCAUAAGCGGAACGGUCAGGCGUUUUGAUGAGAAUUACGUGGAGGACCCUGUGAUCGGGAAUGUCGCCCUCAGGGACACCUUCUUCUCUCCGUGGCGCAUCUUCAAUGAGAGCGGUGUAGACCCGGUGGUGAGGGGACUCGUCGGAGGAUCCGCCAAGCUGGUCACUCCUACAAAUGUCAUGCACGAGGAACUGUCCCAAGGCCUCUUUGCAUUGAAGAACCAGAUUGCGCUGGAUCUGGCCGCUCUGAACACUCAGCGCGGUCGUGAUCAUGGUCUUCCUUUCUACAACGACUGGAGAGUCUUCUGUGGACUGUCUCGAGCAGAAACAUUUAGCGACCUGGAAGAUGAGAUCAAGGACUCAACCGUGCGUGACAAACUGGCUGACGUAUAUGGUGACGUCAACAACAUUGACCUUUGGCCUGCGGCCCAGCUGGAGGAUCACGAGGACGGCGCGAGAGUUGGGCCGACCUUCAGGUGCAUGAUGGCGGAGCAGUUCAAGGCAUUCCGCGAUGGGGACAGGUUCUGGUAUCAGAGUAAAGGUGUCUUUACGAAGGCACAGCGUGCCCAACUCGAUAAAGUGACCUUAGCACGUGUCAUCUGUGACAACACCGGGAUCACGCGGCUGCCACGUGACGUGUUCCGUCUGACUGACGUGGAUGACAUGGUGGCGUGUGGGGACAUCCCAGGCAUGGACCUGCAGGCCUGGCGGGAGUCUCGUGGAGGUCCACGUCCACGUGUCCGUGGCUAAUGGGAUAAGAUGGCGAAGCACAGUGACGUCAGCAACUGUAUGACAUCAGUGACACCGUUGCAACAGCAUCGGGUUAUUGUCAGUCUAGUUAGAGCACAGCCCUGGAUUUAUUCUAAGUUGAUUCAAAAUAACCGCGCACAUUACGGAGUUAGUAUUAUUGGCCUCUAUCUAAAAAGCGUUUUAGCUGGGCGAACUAAUGAUGAUUUUCCUAAAUGUAGGCCAAUAUAAUUUAGUUUACUGAGCAGAAAAUAUGAGAUUUUGUCCAGUGAAGAACAAGGACGAUUGUAUAUCAUGAUAUUCUGUGUUCUGAAAUAGGUUACAAUGCAAUGAAGCAUAUACAUGUAGAUAUCUGAUCUAGUACUUCGGACAGGAAGUAUCAAGCUUUAUAGAUAAGACUACUUACGAGGGAAAUUUUAAGUGGAGUUAUGAUCUAUUAACUCUCUGCCACCCAUUAGCCGAAGCAAUGCACACAUAGACACGCACGCACGCACACACGGACA